AGGAGGGGGGGGGAGGAGGGAGGGGAGGGGAGGGGGGCUUCCCCAAGACCGGACAUAGCAGGCCUGACUCCUUUCUCUCUCCGGUGGGCCAAACAGGACCCAGCCUCCUCUUCAUCACCUACGCCGAGGCCAUCGCCAACAUGCCCGCCUCCACCUUCUUCGCCAUCAUUUUCUUCCUGAUGUUGAUCACCCUGGGACUGGACAGCACGUUUGCCGGCCUGGAGGGGGUCAUCACCGGCGUCCUGGAUGAAUUCCCCCACAUCUGGGGCAAACAGCGGGAAUGGUUUGUGCUGAUUUUGAUCGUGACGUGUUUCAUGGGCUCUUUGUCCACGCUGACUUUCGGAGGGGCCUACGUGGUGAAACUCUUUGAAGAAUAUGCCACGGGGCCGGCCGUGAUAGCCGUCGUGUUUCUGGAAUCCAUCGCCGUGGCUUGGUUCUAUGGGAGCACCCAAGACCCCAGGGUUUAA